GUUCGAUAUCGGACAGUUCUACGUGAGGCCCCCAAGACCAAGAGGAUUUCUACUUUUGCCUUCUUUCUGCGAAUGUGCAAAGCUGAACAUCAGGAGAAAAAACCCGGUGCCCGCAUGAACCUAGUCGAAUUUUCUAGGAAAUGCUUUCGGAGAUGGAGAAUGCUGUCAGAGGAAGAGAAGAAUGCAUUCAGAGACCUGGCGAGGGCUGAGUGCGAGCGCAAUGACCCACAAACACGGGGUCAUGGACCAGCAGGAAGAAGGGAGAGAGAUGCCAAUGCUCCCAAGAGACGGCUGUCAGCAUCUUUCCUGUUCUCUUCCGAUUUCCGCCCCAAGGUUAAAGCUGAUUAUCCUGACAUCACCUCGGGCAACAUGUCAAAGAAGCUGGGCGAGAUGUGGAGCAACCUCAGUAACAUGGAGAAAAGGCUGUAUGAAGACAAGGCAGCACAGCUGAGGAUGCAGUAUAACAUGGCUGAUGCGGAAUGCAAGGCCAUGGAUCUGGAUGGUUGGUAGAGUCCUCUGAACAUUACACAGAAGAAGCUGGAAGAAGAUAAAGAGUCAGAAGAUUCAGAGGGGGAA